UCUCCUCUCUCCUUUUCCACUGUGUUUUCAACACCACCAACUGCACCUUUGUCACUGCUUUAGGUGAACACCCUCUCUCCUAUUCCUAUCCCUACUCUUCUCUCUUUUCUCAUCUCUAUCAUCCUCAUCAUCCUCGCAUACAUGCAAAACAAAACUCCUCGUAGACACUAACAUUAUUACCUAAUGCCUUAUGUCAGAAACAACACCAAAAAGGUUGCUUGGUCGACAACAAGGACGCACCCUUCUCUCUUUCUUUGGGUCUCACUCAAUCUUGGACAAACAUUCAUCCGGCUUUACAUGCUCACACAUCUGCUAUACGUAGAUUAGCCAUUUGCUUUUUGGUUUUUUCUGCCUACUGUCGUCUGUUUCUAUCAAUAACACUGCUUUUUUUCACCUCACACUGUGUGACAAACAUGCAUGCAUUCUUCUCCUCGAUCGACUAAGCAAUGCAAGCAGCGUUACGGCUACAAUGUAUGUAUCAUGGAAGGUAUAAAUCACACAACAGUAGACACAACAGACAACACUCCCUCUGAAUCAGAGACACGCCCUGCGACAACAACAGACAAAUAAAGCACACCUCUUCAAUUCUUCCACUUUUUUCAACCCUCCUCCACCCUUAUAAAACCAUGCUUCCUCUUCCCACUUUUCUCAUCCAACUGAACUUUUAGUUCCUUCCACAAACACUUGAUUCGUUUUCUUACAAGAAUAAUGCAUUACCAAGUGGAGCCUGCUGCUGCUGCAUGGAACUACCUCAUCAGGGUUCGGACCAUGGAAGAGGAUCAAAUGGAGAGAGUGGUUAGGCUGGCCUCUCAGAGUGCUGUGGUGAUUUUCAGUAUGAGUAGCUGUUGCAUGUGCCAUGCAAUGAAGAGGCUCUUCUGUGGCAUGGGGGUUAACCCCACCGUUCACGAGCUUGACCAAGACCCCAAAGGAAAAGACAUGGAGAGAGCACUGAUGAGGCUUCUUGGAAAUGGAAUCAACACCACUGCUGCAGUUGUUCCUGUCGUGUUCAUUGGAGGAAAACUUGUUGGGUCCAUGGACAGGGUUUUGGCUUUCCACAUCAGUGGCACCCUUGUCCCUCUUCUCAAACAAGCUGGAGCUUUGUGGCUUUGAAACUUCUCAAACAAAACAGCACUGUCUUGUCUUCGUUUCUUAUUACUCAAGACAUUGUUAUAUCCAUACAUGAGAUUUUAUCAGAAUUUUUACUAGUUAAAAGAUUGCCUGCAAGGGAACAAGAAAAGUAGGGAAAAUCAACAAUUUUCUUGAUUUGCCUUUUCUAGUUUGUGGUUUGUGUUGUAGUUUGUAUAAAGAAGCACAUGAUUAUGGAAAUGAACAAGAAGUUGUAGUGAAACACUAUCCUUGACUUUAGCUUUUUUAUAUAUAUCUUGGUAUA